AUGGCCGAACCCAAUCCAGUUGGCCAGAAUGGCUCUACGAACAGCAAUGACAAGAAGCAGAUCUUGCUCAAUGCAUUUGACAUGUCGACUGUGGGGCACCUGUCCCCCGGACAAUGGAAGAACCCCAAGGACAAGUCUGCGACUAAACGAACGCUAGGAUAUUGGAUAGACCUAGCAAAGCUGUUGGAGCGUGGAGGAAUCAAUGCACUCUUCCUAGCAGAUACAACCGGAGGAUAUGAUACCUAUGAAGGGAAACUGGAUGAGUGUAUUCGUCGCGCCGCCCAGUGGCCAGUGACGGAUCCAACGAUUCCCAUCUCUGCAAUGGCUGCCGUGACCAAGAAUCUAGCGUUUGGAAUCACAGCGUCGACUUCUUUCGAACAGCCAUUUCUGUUGGCGAAGCGCUUUUCCACUUUAGACCACUUGACCAAUGGUCGGCUGGGGUGGAACAUCGUGACCUCGUACAAGAAGGCAGCUUUCAAAGCCAUUGGAGUGGAUAGCCCCAUUGAGCACGACGAACGAUAUCGCCAGGCAGACGAGUACCUGAGGGUCCUGUAUAAACUUUGGGAGGGUUCCUGGGCCCCCGAUGCGUUGUCACCCAACCCCGACGCCGACACAUACGUGGACCCAGAGAAAGUCCGCCAGAUCAACCACAAGGGAAAGUACUUUUCAUUGAACACACGUCAUAUUGUCGACCCAUCUCCGCAGCGAACACCGUUCCUAUUCCAAGCCGGGACAUCGCCAGCAGGAUCCGAAUUUGCCUCGACUCACGCAGAGGCCAUUUUCGUGUCUUCCCACUCGCCUGAGGUGUUGCGGCCGAAGAUUGCAAACAUCCGCAAGCUCGCCGCAGAGAAAGGUCGUGAUCCCCAGUCCAUCAAGUUCUUUGGCACAUUCACACCCAUUGUGGGCGAAACCGACGAAGAGGCGUGGGCUAAGUAUGAGGAGCUGAAGAAAUAUGCCUCUGUCGUUGGAGGUCUGGUUCUUUUCAGCGGAUGGACGGGCAUCGACAUUUCCAAGAUUCCCUUGGAUCAGGAUCUCACGGCCGCGGACUCAUUGGAGGCAAAUAAAGUGACCAGUUUGCUGGACUCAUUGUUGCAGACCAGCAAGGAUAUCCCGCGUUGGACACCUCGCGUCGUGGCUGAAAAGGCCGCGAUCGGAGGCCUUGGUCCUGUGGGGAUUGGAAGCCCUGCUACGGUCGCUGAUGAGAUGGAGCGUUGGAUUCGAGAGGCAGACCUUGAUGGCUUCAAUCUCGGCUAUGUCACCACUCCCGGUACUUUUGAAGAGGUCGUAGACUUGCUGAUUCCCGAGCUGAGACGGCGUGGCCUGUACCCAGAGCUUCCUGAUCCAUCAGAGCCAGCUCUUACCGCGCGUGAGAAGGUGUUUGGCGAGGGCCAGAAGGAGCUCCGAGCUGACCAUGUUGGUUCUCAAUAUAAAUAUGAUGUGUACCAGGAGGAGGAGCCAUACAAUGGCAGUUGA